UCACAUCGCCUGUCGUGUGUUUACUGUCUUGUGGUGUGUUAACUAUAUGUUUUGAAAUAAUUAGCAAUUUUUUUUCGCUCAUUGGCUUGAUAAAAACGAGUCAAACGUAAAUAGAUACGUAAAUAUAGUCGGAUACGUUCAUACUUAAUGAAGGUUAUUAUUUGUUGUCGCGGCUAAGGCACGCUCAGUUCGCUAUCUGACAUCAAAUAGAGAUCACGCGCAUUGUCACAACGCUAAUAUACGCAGUGCUCCGUCGUUCCGUGUUUCAAUUAUAACGCUCUUCUCGUUGAAACACUCAAGAUGGAAGAUAUCCCAGAGCAUUUGAAGGGUCUGCUCCACAAGAUAGCAAAGGAGCAAAACUUUGUUGAUUAUGAGGUGAACAUAAAGCCGAUUUCGAGUGGUGGCGCCAACUACACGUCGUGGCUGUAUACGGCCAGCAUCACGGAGGGCACGCGCACGCUGCGCCUCUUCGCGAAGGUGGCGGCCAUCGGGGAGAAGAUGCGCGCGCAGGCACCUAAGAUGUAUGACACGGAGCGCUACUGCUACACACAGCUCGUGCACAUUUACGAGCGGCUGCAGGAAGAACAUCGCGUGCCGCCCGACCAGCGGUUGGCCUUCAGCCCGUUCUACGGCUGUAACCCCGAGCGCUUCCAGGAAACCAUCGUGCUAGCCGACCUGGUGGCGGCCGGCUACGAGCCCUACGACCGCUUCCGCACCAUCGACUUGCCUUACGCGGAAACUGCAAUCACGGAAUUAGCCAAAAUGCACGCCGCGUCCAUGGCGUAUGCAAAAUAUCAUCCAGAAGACUUUGUCGAAAUAUUGGAAAAAGUGAGGUUUGAAUGGGCGAUGGACGAUCCAGGUAUGAAGGCUUACAUGGAAAACCUCAUCAGUACAGCAACUAGUAAUGUGAACGAAGAGAACAAGGCUAAGUUUGCGAAGUACUUCGCUGAGCUAGACAUGGAUGCGUUCAUGGCUCUGUUCAAGAGCAGUCGGAGAGAGGUGUUGGGUCAUGGUGACUACAGGCCCAGCAACCUCAUGCAUAAGAUACUUGACGACGGCAAAGUGGACAUUAAGAUAGUGGACCUCCAGACCCUGCAGGGUGGUAGCCCCAUCAUCGAUCUGCUGUACUUCAUCUUCACGGGGUCCGACGAGCAGUUCCGCGCGAAGUACUUCGACCGGCUCGUGGAGCACUACUACUCGCAGCUCAGCGCCGCCAUGAAGAGGUUUAACCUCAACCCUCAAGAAAUAUUCUCAAAGGAAGAUUUUGAACAAGAACUUAAAGAGAAACUGCCGUUCGGGCUGACCCUAGCCACAUUUAUCUUACCCUUAGUGACUGUGGAGACAGAACAUGCUCCGAAGGUAGAUGAGAAUAUGGACUUCCAAGAUUUCAACAUUCAGAAUACCAAUGACCUGUAUAAGCAGAGAUUGAAUGGAGUGGUCAACGAUUAUGUCAAGUGGGGUAUUCUGAAGGAGUGAGUUUGAUCUAAGCGGAUAGUAUAUAUACUAUAGUUAAUGAUAGAAACUGUGAAUAAAUUCGUGUCGUUCAUGUUUCAAAAUAAAAUUAAAUAAUCAUGUAGAUAUAGUUUAAUAGCUAAUUUUACUUAUAUUAAAUUACUAUUACUUAUUAUUAUUUAUAUUACUUUGUUUAUUAUCAAAUCAGUUUUAAACUCUGGUGUUGGUGUAAAUAAACUUGACCAAAUAUGAUAAGUAUUAAGUUUUGUGUUAAUGUAGUUGUUAGUGGUUAUGGUUGAACAGUUAGUUAAUUUUAACUAUGUAUAUUUACAUUUUUGAUAUAGGCCCUGAGAUUGUUAAUGUUUGUUAGUCUUACUUUUUAGAUUCUUUUAACUAGACUAGACUAAUGUAAAGUAUAACUUUUUGAAAACCCUGUUAAACUUCCUCAUUAAUUCUUACAGCAGGAUUUCAUUUAGAAAAAUGAUACUAUGUUAUGAAGGUAAAACUGUAACUGAUAACAAUGGAUAAGUAACAUAAAGAGAUUUAGCUGUUUACAGCCUAUCUCAAUAUUCUAUCUACUUAUCUGUUGUUUAAUUUGACAUAACAAUUAACAUGUAUUAGGCUAAAGAAUUCUAGUAAGCAAAUUAACAGAUACCUUACCUAGAUAAAAUAUUGGUAACUGCCAUGAUUAAUGUCUUGAAGUAAUAUAAGGUAAACUGCAUGCAGUUGUGAUUCAAAUGUUAAAAGGCAUGAGUGAUGUAACACAUUGGUGUUACAUGUGGCUAAAAUAAGUAAUGCUUAUAAAAGAGAAAGUUUGAAAGUGGUACCGGUGACCGAAAAGCUGUUAUGGGAAUCGGUUGUUAAGUAUCAGCUGAGUUUGUGAUGCAGAGGAAUAUUGUAGAUGUAUUGUGAUAAAGGUUUUGACCAGAGUCAUGAAUGGAUAAGAAAGCGCAGAAAUAUGAUAUGAGUAGAAUGACGUGAUAGAGAGAAUUUACCGACCCAAAACAAAAUAAUUGGGAUAAAGACGAUGACUUAAAUGUCAAUAAUGAACCGAUUAGAUAAUUUAGGUAAUGAC